UCAUAACUGUCAUAAUCAUGACAUCGACUUAAAAUUGUAUGACGUUGACAUUUCUUUUUGUAUCGGCGCUUGUUCGCUAAGAUUGUUUACAAUGGCCAAACCAAAAGGAGAGAGGAAAGGCAAGUCAGCGAUAAAUGAAGUUGUAACUCGUGAAUACACAGUUAACUUACAUAAACGGCUCCAUGGAGUUGGUUUUAAAAGACGUGCUCCCCGCGCCAUCAAGGAGAUCCGUAAAUUCGCUGAACAACAAAUGGGGACACCUGAUGUUCGAGUAGACACUAGAUUGAAUAAAUAUCUUUGGUCUAAGGGAAUAAAGAAUGUCCCCUUCAGAGUUCGUGUAAGGUUAUCCCGCAGACGUAAUGAUGAUGAGGACUCAACACACAAAUUGUUCACCCUGGUAACAUAUGUUCCAGUAGCAUCAAUCAAGGGCUUACAAACCGAAAAUGUGGAUGCUAGCCAAGAAUAAAUAAGUUAAGCAUAA